UGCAGCAUCCCGAGCCUUCCAGGCAAGCAGGCAGGCAGGCAGGCAGGCGGCCAGCCCAGCGCGCCUCCGUCCAGAAGCCGCGGCUCUCGCUCCCUCUUCCAGAGCGCCAGGCGGACACGGACGCGGACGGAGCGAGUGAGCGAGCGUCCAAGCGGGGCGCGAGCGAGCCAGGCAGCGCCCCCUCCCCGAUCCUCCUCCCUACCCCAUUCCAGCCCCCGAUCCUCCUCCUCCUCCUUUCCCCCCCGCCGGCCUCGCCGCUCUCCUCGGAGCUCCAUGGCCGCCUAGAGCCCCUGAGAGCGCCGCGCCAUGGAGCCGCCGCCGGGCCCGGGUGCGCUCCUGCUUCGGCUCGGGCUCCUGCUAUUGCCGCCGCUGCUGCGCCUGGCCGCCGCCGUGGAAGAAACACUGAUGGACUCCACCACAGCAACGGCAGAGCUAGGCUGGACAGUGCAUCCACCAUCAGGGUGGGAAGAAGUGAGCGGCUACGACGAGAACAUGAACACGAUUCGGACUUACCAGGUGUGCAACGUCUUUGAAUCCAGCCAGAACAACUGGCUGAGGACCAAGUUCAUCCGCAGGAGGGGUGCCCACCGCAUCCACGUGGAGAUGAAGUUUUCGGUCCGGGACUGUAGCAGCAUCCCCAACGUCCCCGGGUCCUGCAAGGAGACCUUCAACCUCUACUAUUACGAGUCCGACUAUGACGCUGCAACCAAGACAUUCCCCGCCUGGAUGGAGAACCCCUGGGUGAAAGUCGACACCAUUGCGGCAGACGAGAGCUUCUCCCAGGUGGAUCUAGGGGGCCGCGUGAUGAAGAUAAACACCGAGGUGCGCAGCUUUGGGCCCGUCUCCAAGAAUGGCUUUUACCUGGCCUUCCAGGACUACGGGGGCUGCAUGUCCUUGAUCGCCGUCCGCGUCUUCUACCGCAAGUGCCCUCGCAUUAUCCAGAACGGAGCUGUUUUCCAGGAGACACUCUCAGGAGCCGAGAGCACGUCACUGGUAGCAGCUCGGGGUACUUGCAUCCCCAACGCUGAAGAAGUGGAUGUACCGAUCAAGUUGUACUGUAACGGGGAUGGGGAGUGGCUGGUCCCCAUCGGGCGCUGCAUGUGCAAGGCGGGCUAUGAAUCGGUGGAGAACGGGACGGUCUGCAGAGGAUGCCCCUCAGGGACGUUCAAAGCCAGCCAGGGGGACGAGGGCUGCGUCCAUUGCCCCAUCAACAGCCGGACCACGUCAGAAGGAGCCACGAAUUGUGUCUGCCGCAACAACUACUACCGCUCAGACUCCGAUCCGCUGGACAUGCCAUGCACCACAAUCCCAUCAGCCCCACAGGCCGUCAUCUCCAGCGUGAACGAGACCUCCCUUAUGCUGGAGUGGAGUCCGCCCCGGGACUCAGGGGGCCGCGAGGACCUGGUCUACAACAUCAUCUGCAAGAGCUGCGGUUCGGGUCGGGGGGCAUGCACCCGGUGCGGGGACAACGUCCAGUUUGCACCGCGCCAGCUUGGCCUGGCCGAGCAACGCGUCUACAUCAGCGACCUGCUGGCCCACACCCAGUAUACUUUUGAGAUACAGGCGGUUAAUGGCGUCACUGACCAGAGCCCCUUCUCGCCCCAGUUUGCCUCUGUCAACAUCACCACCAACCAAGCUGCCCCUUCGGCCGUGUCCAUCAUGCACCAGGUGAGUCGGACGGUGGACAGCAUCACCCUCUCGUGGUCACAGCCCGACCAGCCCAACGGAGUCAUUCUGGAUUAUGAGCUGCAAUACUACGAGAAGGAUCUGAGCGAGUUCAACGCCACGGCAGUUAAGAGCCCCACCAACACUGUGACGGUGCAGAACCUCAAAGCUGGCACCAUUUACGUCUUCCAGGUGCGGGCACGCACUGUGGCAGGCUAUGGGCGUUACAGCGGCAAGAUGUACUUCCAGACCAUGACUGAAGCUGAGUACCAAACCAGCAUCCAGGAGAAGCUGCCGCUCAUCAUUGGCUCCUCGGCUGCAGGACUCGUCUUCUUCAUUGCACUGGUGGUCAUCGUCCUUGUUUGCAACAGUCCAUCUGCCUCCCGCUCAGCCCGGUGCUCUCCUUCCAGAAGACGAGGAUUUGAGCGUGCAGACUCCGAGUACACCGACAAGCUGCAGCAUUAUACCAGCGGCCACACAGUGACUCCCGGCAUGAAGAUCUACAUUGACCCUUUCACCUACGAAGACCCCAAUGAGGCUGUCAGGGAGUUUGCAAAGGAGAUUGACAUCUCGUGUGUCAAAAUCGAGCAGGUGAUUGGUGCAGGGGAGUUUGGUGAGGUGUGCAGUGGCCACCUCAAGCUUCCAGGCAAGAGGGAGAGCUUUGUGGCCAUCAAGACGCUGAAAUCUGGCUAUACCGAGAAGCAGCGGCGGGACUUCCUGAGCGAGGCCAGCAUCAUGGGCCAGUUUGACCACCCCAACGUCAUCCACCUGGAGGGGGUGGUCACCAAGAGCCCCCCUGUCAUGAUCGUUACUGAAUUCAUGGAGAACGGCUCGUUGGAUUCCUUCCUACGGCAAAACGAUGGUCAGUUCACUGUGAUCCAGCUGGUGGGGAUGCUACGGGGCAUUGCUGCUGGCAUGAAGUACCUGGCUGAUAUGAACUACGUCCACCGUGACCUGGCGGCUCGCAACAUCCUUGUCAACAGCAACCUCGUCUGCAAGGUCUCAGACUUCGGCCUCUCCCGCUUCCUGGAAGAUGACACCUCGGAUCCCACCUACACCAGUGCCCUGCAGUCAUUCCACUUGGCUGGGGCUGAUGCAAGCAACCCAAGCGAGAAACCCUGUGCUCCACCCCCACUACAGGGCGGAAAGAUCCCGAUCCGUUGGACAGCACCGGAAGCCAUCCAGUACCGAAAGUUCACUUCUGCAAGCGACGUGUGGAGCUACGGAAUAGUCAUGUGGGAGGUGAUGUCCUAUGGAGAGCGGCCGUACUGGGAUAUGACCAACCAAGAUGUAAUAAACGCCAUUGAGCAAGAUUAUCGGCUGCCACCACCCAUGGAUUGCCCCAGUGCCUUGCACCAGCUCAUGUUGGACUGCUGGCAGAAGGACCGUAACCACAGGCCCAAAUUUGGACAGAUUGUCAACACCUUAGACAAGAUGAUCCGGAACCCAAACAGCCUGAAAGCCAUGGCACCCCUUUCCUCUGGGAUUAACCUCCCCUUACUGGACCGCACCAUUCCAGACUAUUCCAGUUUCAACACCGUGGACGAGUGGCUUGAAGCCAUCAAGAUGGGGCAGUACAAGGAGAGCUUUGCCAGUGCUGGCUUCACCAACUUCGACGUGGUGUCCCAAAUGAACAUGGAGGACAUCCUACGAGUAGGGGUCACAUUAGCCGGGCACCAGAAGAAAAUCCUGAACAGUAUCCAGGUGAUGCGAGCACAGAUGAAUCAAAUCCAGUCCGUGGAGGUUUGAGAAGCUGGGUACUUGCACACACCUCUUCCUCAAGGUCCUGUUCCCCUUUUGUCCCUGUGUGUCUGAGCCCUUGGGCGGGUCUUAAUGCUCCCCCAUGGAGACGGCAGCUACAGGGAAGGGGCAGCCACAGGGCAAAGAUGCUGCAGACUUCAAGAAUCCAGAAAAAAAAAGGGAAGAGGAAGGACUCUUAUUUAGAAGGAUGUUUUAAAAUGAAACAGAACCGCAGUGGAUUUCUCUUUAAGGGCUCUGAGACAAGCAAGCUAGGGAGGGAUCCAGAGGGACCCUUUCGCCCUCCUCCUUUGCACGAGUUGGACCUCCUGGGGCACAGAGUGGACCAGAAAGUCUUCAGGGAGGGGGGGGAGGUUACAAAACUGCAUGUCCCUGCAAGUGUUGCUGGGCAUGCCCUCCCCUUCCCACAACAGCCAGCAGAUCUGCGGACCGAAGAGGGGACAAGCGCCAGCAAACUUUCCACCCAUGUAAUGGGGUCACCUCUAGAGUCACAGACUUCAGAGAUGGACACGUCUUUUUAACUUCCUUUCCUCUGAAGGACUGGAUCCGGGCGAAGCUCACCUACCCACCCAUCCACCCACCCAUACCUCCUCCUCUGUACGAAAGAGAAUCUUUGCCCCACACUGGGGAAAGCAAAGUCAUGGGGCUUUCGGAGGUCUUGGUCUCUGUUGCUCUGGGACUGUUUUUGCAAGGGGCACCUCCUAGAGGCUCUGCGCGCUGCACUUCCCAGUGGCAGCUCCUACAUAUCAAUAUGCACAAGACAUUUGAGAAGGCUUCAUGGUUUGCCAAUGACCUGCUUCCGGCGGGAAACUCCCUGCCCCUCUCGUCCUGUUCCAUGCAGUAUGUUGUAGAUUUGAUGUGCAUUUCCAUCUGGUUGUCGUUGUUCCAUCUUUUUCUACUUUGUUUACAAUGGGAUGUGGGGGGAGGGGGGAAUUAUUAUUUUGGGGGGAGCCGAGUUGUUUUGUUUUAACAAAAAGAAAAAAGAAAACAGGAUGGCAAAUCCACUGUUCUUCUCUCCCAGGGACACUUUGUUGUCUCCUCUUGGGCAGCUUCCUGGCUGAGCACUCCCAGGGGGCCAUGAACAUUUCGGACACACUCUAACCCCUUCCCCCUGUUCUGCCAGGCUGCUCCUAAGUCUUUUGUCAUCCCUUAGCAGUUGUCUCAAAGUUAGUUGGCUUGUCUGCUGUUUCAUAUUGGGGACCCCUUGCUGAACCUCAUGCAGAGAUGUUGUGAUAGUUUUCAAAAAUGAUACCAACCUGGGAAUUGGUCCGAGGGGGCCUUAAACUGAGAAGUUCAGCUGGGAGUGAAGAAACAUCUAAGGGCUGGAGGAGCAUGGCGCAAUGGUUCUUGAAGUCCUCUGACACACCCUCAACUGUCCUUCAGCAUUCUGAGGAGACUGGAAACAAAAGUGGAGGAAGGUCAACAACAGGGGUCCUGUAGCCUUGUCAGGAAAGGCUCACGGCAGGACUUUUAACCUCCAGCCCAAAGCCCCAUAUCUCAGUCUCAGCAGCCACAAGUUGGAGCCCAGCUGGUGCUCAGCACAUGGGUGGUAUUGUGGGUCUCAGACCUGCCAUGGCCAAGCUCAGGCAGGUUGUGAGAAGGACUGUUGGUUGGAGCUUAACCUUGCAGAAGGUCUCUCCUCAUUGACUCAGUCUGUCCUUCUGAAGGUUCAAAGAACAGGGAAAGUUGUGAAUAGUUUGGAAACCCACCAUGUCACUGUCAGGGGGGUCACAGGUUGGAAAGGGUCACUCUGCUUAGCUCAGGGUCUCUUAUUUCUGUAGGGGAAGGUAAUGAUAACCAGCAGUGCCAAUAAUUCCACAGAAUUUUCAUCUCUCCGGGUUCGAGAGACAAAGGCCUGGUUCAGGGAUAAUGGAAAAGUGCAGACAUCUGCUACAUGAAUGAGCAGUGCUUCCUCUUUCAAGCAAAUCAGAAGGAGUUUGUAAACUUUGGCUUCUAAUUUUAAAGUAGUAAUGAUUCCCCAUGAUAUCCAAACUUUAGAGAACUGUGGUUUGUUUCACCUUAGAGAAAACUAUCUGGGAUCCAGACUAAAGAAAAAUCCAGAAUAAAACGUAUCCCCAAAUAAAAGCUUAGAAUUAUUUUUUGUCAAUUAAAUAUUGCACAGAUGGUAAUGAAUCUACACAGAAGGAGAGGGAAACUCUGGGAGAAUGGAAAAAAACAAACAGGAAGAAGGGAACUCUGAUGGGGCAGAAGAAUGGGGCAGCUUCUGGAGAUGUCAGAGGCUGCAUAAAAUAAGGUUAGAGUCCUAGGUGGCUCCUGGUUUUCAGCUUUGAACAAAUCAUGGUUUCCAGUAUUCAGAUGUCAUGAAAAAUUAAAGUAGAGCUAAUGAGAUCAACCAGCACUAAAACAUUUUUUCAGAUACUGGUUUGUUCUUAAAUCCUAGUUUAAACAAACCUUCAGUCCUUGAGUUUGGACAUUGUUGGGAACUGUGCCUUGGUUAAAAAUAGAUCAAAAACAUCUGAUCUCUUCCUUGUGACCAGAAAAGAGGAAAGGAGAAAAGGAAUGAUACAACCCUUAGCUUGUUCGCAUGGCAGAAAGCCACAAUUUUCUGUUACUCCUGAACUGGGCUGCUGUAGGUAGGUUACCUGGGCUGAUUAAAAAAUAAAUAAAUACAAAUGCUGGCAGAAGUACAUAUACUAUCUUGUGGACUUGCCAGAGGUGUGUGCGCAUGGCAGGGAGAAACAAAUUUCAAUGUCCUGAAAUCUGUCAUAAUCCCAUACAGCUAUCACAGAAUCAGGUGUAGCUUGGUUGUACAGAGCAAAGAGCUCUUACAAUGCCAUGGGUAGCUUUCAUCCCUUUGGUUGGUGGGGCAGGGUGUCCAAUUCCAAGCCAUCCCCAUUUAGGGCCACACCAAGCUAUCCCCUGGAACCUGAGCCAGCCUUGGCCUUUGUGCUCCGCUGCCUUCCUUCUGCUUUUCUGUGCAAGCUCCUUUGCACAGGGGGAAGGACCUGAUGUAUCUUUGCACUAAAGCUGCCCUGACCCUUCCCUCCUGACGAAGGCCCGGUCUUGUUCCACUGGGUGCUGCUGGCAUCACGGGAGGGAGUGCAGGGGAGCUGUCUUCACCAGCAGACGGGCAACACAACACAACACACACAUCUACCUGAGCCAUUUCACUGUGUGUGUGAGAGAGUCCACCCGCAGCACACCUAAUGCAGACUACGAUUUCAAGAGAAGGGGGCUGAUGGAGACUCGUCUCAUUUCUUCCAUUGUUCUAAUGAGAUGGGACUCACCCAUCUAUGCUAGAUAUUUCAUUGUGACCUCACCAGGAUCCUGGAAAUCUCCCCUCUUUCUCCUCGACUGUGCUUCCCUCCCGCAAACAUGCACACUCGUCUUUUAUCUGUCCUUAAGCCAGCAGAGAGACUUAUUUUGCAGGUAUUUCAAGUGCGGUGUCAGAAUUCAGAAUCAGGACUGUUUCGUGCACAGCGCUUGCCUUUAAUGCACCAGAGCUGUCCUGUCGCCCCGCAUCACCCCAUUGCAACUGCUUGAGUCACCCUUCUGAUUUCUUCCAACACGCUGAGCCAGCACCCACCCUCUCCUCAUCCCAUGCCCGCCACCUUCCUCUGCCGUCGCCAUGUUUUUUUUAGCGAUCUUGGAGCUGAAACUGGAUUGGCAGCAUUCUGUUGAAGAUAGCAAUAAAUCGUCAGGCCCCGGGCCCUGGCACUUCUGGACACUGUGAUAGAGCUAGGAGUGGAGAGGGGUGGCGUGUUGUGUCGGAAAGAGCAACUUUCUCAGUAGGGCCCCAGGAUUUGCAUAUCAAAGGCAAGCACUUUGGGGCUGCUGGGAGAGAGGAGCAGAGAAAAGCAAUUCCUAAAUGCAAAAGUCUGUUAGAACGCUCAAAUAUUUCACUGUGAUUUUCUUUUUUUAAAAGCAGAACAGUAACUGAACUGGAAUGGAACUUCCUUGGUUUAAGACAGGGGUGGAGAAGCUUCUGCUAGCUAGCUUCAUUAGGUCCACCAGUCUCCAGAUUUGGAACACUAGGAUGUUUUGGUCAAGCGAUGCUCACAUGUCCUACAUCCGAUGACAUACUUUAUGUCAGGUGUGGGGCAGAUAAGGAUGUGGCUGGGCUGGAAGCAGGGGGUGUUGCUGUUACCACCAAUCAGCUGAUCAUCAGGGCAGGUGAAGUGCGGUGCCUAUACCCACACAGUUUGCUUUCAAACCACAUGGGCAAAAAUGGGUUGCCUGGCAUUUAUGUCAGGUGAUUGACAGGUGGGCAGGCUGCCUGCAGCCUGCCAGACCUGACCCAUAGUGGGAUGGGGAGGUAAGGAUCCAGCCCAUUAGCCAGAUCCAGUUCACCACCCCUGCUUUAAAACUCUACCCGUGAACAAACCCAGCUUGCACGGCAAUCCUAUACAUGCCAACUCAAGAAGUCAGUCCCACUGAAUUCAGUGGAACAAAUGAGUUGUGUGUUGGGUUUCAGAACCCAAUCAUCUGGUCUUCUUUUAUGCAUUAAAGCUUAGCUUUGAGUCCUUCAGGUGCUGUUGGUUUCACAACAUACAUCAGCCCUUGCCAGCCUGAUCAGUGGUUGUGGGGUAUAGAAAUUGGUUCCCAGCAACAUUGGAAGGGCUGCAGGUUCCCCAGCCCUGUGUUAGAUCUUGGUCUCUGCUGCCCAACCCCACCCUUUGCACAUGCCCAGCAUCAUGGAAACCGUUUCCGCAUGGUGCCAUCUCACACUGCUGAGGAUAAUAUUGGAUUAAUUAUCCAAAGGGUGGAAGAAAAUAUGAGAUGCUGAGAGAACAGAAAUGGGUCAGGUUGGGUUCAUCCUCAGUGGAUAUUCCUUCUACUGGGGAAUCAUACCUGUAGGUUGGAGUUACAUCCUGUCCCUCUUGUGACUUCCAGGAAGACUCAAUGGCCUCAGCAUCUCCCUUGCCUUUCUUUCAUGAGAACAGGCUUUCCAGAGGCCUUGGGCUACCUAGAGAAACAGGCUAGAAGGCUCUGGUCUGGCUCUUUCAGGCUGCCUUGUCCAUGCCCCCUUUCAGUUUUGUCUACACUUCCAUGCUCUACAGAUCAGCAAAGAGGAGCCAGAUGUUGGUGAAUACCUAUCAGCCCCUACAGCCAGCAGGGCCAGUGGUCAGGGAUGAUGGGAGUCCAGCAACAUCUAGAAAGCCAUAACUGUAGAUGGCUACUGUUUUAAAUUCUGGAUGGGCCCUGCAGCAACUGAUGCAGCCUGGCCUUGUUCUCAGAUACUUGCUGUCCUCUUCCAGUUUGACCUCUUUUGAUUCAUGCCCCAUCUCCAGUUCCAGGGGUAGACUUUGGUUUUUAAGUUCAAUGCCCAAUCCAAUAAGGAUGAAACUGGUUGAUGGGCUGUAGCUCAGGGGUAGAGCACCUGCUUUGCAUGCAGAAGGUCCCAGGUUCAGUCCCCAGCAUCUCCAGGCAGGGCUGGGCAAAAACCCUGCCUGCUGCUUCCAGUGCCCCUGUGUUCUAAUGCUGCUAGAAAGACAACUGGAAACACCACUGCCAUUGCCACCAAGUUGGGAAAUCUCUUAAUGCAAGGGUUAGAACAGCAGGUGACAGUUUCACCUACAACAGUAUCAGGAUUAAAAGAGAGUACAUUGGGGUGGUUUCUGAGAGAUCUUUCCCUUCUUGCAGUGCUGCUUGAUAGGUUAGGUGUGUCCCUGUGAACAGUACAGAAAGCACUUCCCUGGCUCUAAAAGGUUUCAUUUAACCACAAUUGGCAUUAGCCCAUCACUCAUUCCAACUGGCUACCAUAGUUCACAUCCAGUCUGUGAUUCCUGAUUGGCUAGUAUCAUUGCAUCCAGUGCAUGAUUCCUGAUUGGCUGGAACCAACCAAGAGGUUGAAAUGAACACUAGUGAAAAAACAGCAGAUGUAGGAGGGAAGAGCGGCGGCCAACUGCAACAAACAGCCCUGAAAAAAGUCAUAGCAUCAUAGAAUGAUUCCUUCAGCAGCAUCUGGAGUCAUCUGGUCCAACUUCCUGCAAUGCAGGAAUGACAGCUAAAGGAUCUUUUUUUCCCCAGAAGAUCCCCAUGCACCAACCAUCACCAGUCUCAAGAUGAAAACCAAACUGGCCGGGCGUUUGUUGCCACUUUGGGUUCUCUCCUACCCCACCCCCUCCCUGCAGCCCUGCACCUCAGCUCUGGCUCAGAGCAACGUCUUCAGUCGCCAAGCCUCUUCUCCCUGCUCAAUGGUGACCCAUUUACUGCACAGGUCUCUACUUCAGAAUGCCUGUGCAGUCUCCAUCUGCCCAUGGGCCGUGGCCUUGGGUGUGCGACAUUUGCUGUUCCCCUGACCGUGUUUGUAUUUUUUAGAAAAUGUGAAUAGGUAAGUGGCGUUCCAGCCCUGCUCACAUGGGGGUGUCUUCCAUUCCGACCAGGGCCUUCUCCUGGCUCCAUGAUGCAUCUUUUGAUGUUGCUGGGGAGGAAAGAAUAAUAAUGAAUAAUAAUAAUAAACCAGAUGUAUUUAUAAAGGAAACAAAAUCUGCUGCUCCGAUGCCUUUGUAGGAGUAUUUUUAAGAAGACUUUUUUUUCAAAAUAAAUGUGAAGUGUAAAAGUU